ACUCUGCAAAGAGGCAAGAUCUCGUCUUUUGAUCUUACUGAACUUGGCGUCAGGCUUUGGAAGACGUAACGUUGAUGAAACGUGCUGUACGUCUACUCUCUGGUGCUGCAGCAAUGUCCAAACCUUUGCGUCCAGCCUCGAGUAUCAUAAUAUGUGCACCGCUGCGGCAAGGAGAGCAUUCUCCUGGUGCAGACUUUCGUGUAUUAAUGCUGAAGAGAAACGCAAGAGGACCAUUCGGAAGUCUGCAUGUUUAUCCUGGUGGGGCAGUUGACGCAUUUGAUGCAGACUUGCGAUGGAAAGAGGUAAUACCACAUCAGGAGGCAGAGACGCAGAGCUCGAAGCUUCCGCUGUCGUUUUGGAUCGCUGCCAUACGAGAGACAUAUGAGGAAUGUGGAAUUCCCUUGCUAGAUCCGCCACUGCGCCUCAGCGCCGAAAACGCAUCUAAAUGGAGGAACGCGGUCCACAAAUCUGCGCAAGAAUUUUUCAACCUCUGCAUCCAAACAAAGUCGCACCCACAAAUCGCACGACUCGUUCAUUGGUCCAACUGGAUUACACCCGCCUUUGAAAAGUCUCGAUUCGAUACUCAUUUCUUUCUUACGGUCCUCGAGGCAGAACAUGCGACUGAAAUGGUUCCUGUGGUUGACGGGAUCGAGACUCUUGCAUUAGAUUGGUUCACGCCUCAAGAGGCCCUGCAGGCCUUUCGGGAAGGACGAGUACAUCUUUUUCCACCGCAAUACUGCAGUCUCUUGACCUUGUCACGCUUACGGUUGUCGGAUCUGAGAUCUUAUAUAGCUGGAACAAAAUCUAGGACCUCGGCAGAGCUCGCGCCGAUUCUUCCCGAACCUGCUUUGUUAACGGGAGGAGAAACAGCCAUGGUCUUGCCUGGUGAUCCUUUGCACUCGUCGGCAGCUCAACAGACGGUGGACUCACAGGAUGUGCAUCGUGUUUUGGUGAAGAAAGAAAAGGGACGUUUUGUUGACAUGCGUCUAGUGAGACGAGUUCGUGGAGAAGAUCUUGGUGAGGUGUACGGUGCUGAAACAACGCAAGACAAAUUACUGGGUGGAAAGUUGUAGAUCGAAGGAAUGGACUUUGGGGGAAGUGCCCUCGUCGUUGUAGAGUAGAUUGCUAAACAAGGGGAUCACCGGCAGCAACAAAAUAGUAACCUCUUUCGCGUUCUACCAUUAAUACAAUAUAUACGAUAACUAUUACUUAUCUACAUAAA